UUCCCUGGAUUUCGCUGACAACACAGGAAAGCUUUGCCUGAAGAUGGAAACACUGGAGUCGGAACUGACCUGCCCUAUCUGUCUGGAGCUGUUUGAGGAUCCUCUGCUGCUGCCUUGUGCUCACAGCCUCUGUUUCAACUGUGCGCAUCGCAUCUUGGUCUCCCACUGUGCCACCAACGAAUCAGUGGAGUCUAUCACCGCCUUCCAGUGCCCUACUUGUCGUUAUGUCAUCACCCUCAAUCAACGUGGUCUAGACGGACUCAAGCGCAACGUCACGCUGCAGAAUAUUAUCGACAGGUUUCAGAAAGCAUCAGUGAGCGGGCCCAAUUCUCCUAGUGAAACUCGCCGCGAGCGGGCUUUUGAUAGCAACAGCAUGUCCUCCAGUGAGAAAGUUCUCUGCCAGUUCUGUGACCAGGAUCCUGCCCAGGAAGCAGUCAAGACCUGUGUAACUUGUGAGGUAUCCUACUGCGAGGAGUGCUUAAAAGCAACUCACCCAAACAAGAAGCCAUUCACUGGACAUCGUUUAAUCGAGCCUAUUCCGGACUCACAUAUUAGAGGAUUAAUGUGUCUGGAGCACGAGGACGAGAAAGUUAACAUGUAUUGUGUGACUGAUGACCAGUUAAUCUGUGCCUUGUGUAAACUGGUUGGGAGGCAUCGUGAUCACCAGGUGGCCGCUUUAAGUGAACGCUAUGACAAAUUAAAGCAAAAUUUGGAAAGUAAUCUCACCAACCUUAUCAAGAGAAAUACCGAACUGGAAACACUUCUGGCUAAAUUAAUUCAAACUUGCCAACAUGUCGAGGUGAACGCAUCCCGACAAGAAACCAAGCUGAUGGAGGAAUGUGACCUGCUUAUUGAAAUAAUCCAACAAAGACGUCAGAUAAUUGGGACAAAAAUCAAGGAAGGAAAGGUGGUGAGACUGAGAAAACUGGCCCAGCAGAUAGCUAAUUGUAAACAAUGCAUUGAGCGCUCAACCUCACUGAUCUCACAAGCUGAGCAGUCCCUGAAGGAGAAUGAUCAUGCACGCUUCCUGCAGUCUGCUAAAAACAUAACGGAAAGAGUCGCCAUGGCAACUGCAUCCUCCCAGGUUCUAAUUCCUGAAAUAAAUCUCAAUGAUACUUUUGACACCUUUGCUUUAGAUUUUACCAGAGAAAAGAAACUACUGGAAUGCCUUGAUUAUCUGACAGCUCCCAAUCCUCCAACAAUUAGAGAAGAGCUCUGUACAGCUUCUUAUGACACAAUUACAGUGCACUGGACUUCAGACGAUGAAUUCAGUGUGGUUUCCUAUGAAUUGCAGUAUACUAUCUUCACUGGGCAAGCCAAUGUAGUUAGUCUGUGUAAUUCAGCCGACAGCUGGAUGAUUGUUCCAAAUAUUAAACAAAACCACUACACGGUGCAUGGGCUGCAGAGUGGCACCAAGUACAUCUUUGUUGUGAAGGCCAUUAAUCAGGCUGGCAGCCGAAACAGCGAGCCUGGGAAACUGAAGACAAAUAGCCAGCCAUUCAAACUGGAUCCCAAGUCUGCUCACAGAAAACUAAAGGUAUCUCAUGACAAUUUGACAGUGGAACGUGAUGAAACUUCUUCUAAAAAGAGCCACACACCUGAGCGUUUUACCAGCCAAGGGAGCUAUGGAGUUGCUGGCAAUGUGUUUAUUGACAGUGGACGGCAUUACUGGGAAGUGGUUAUAAGCGGAAGUACAUGGUAUGCCAUUGGUAUUUCUUAUAAGUCAGCACCGAAACAUGAGUGGAUUGGAAAGAAUUCUGCCUCUUGGGUUCUUUGUCGUUGUAAUAAUGCGUGGGUGGUGAGGCACAACAGCAAAGAAAUUCCAAUAGAGCCCGCACCCCAUCUUCGCCGUGUCGGCAUUUUGUUGGACUACGACAAUGGUUCUUUGGCUUUUUAUGAUGCUUUGAACUCUCUACACCUUUACACUUUUGACAUUUCAUUUGCACAGCCUGUGUGUCCAACAUUCACUGUCUGGAAUAAGUGUUUGACAAUUAUUACGGGCCUUCCUAUCCCAGACCACUUAGAUUCCAUUGAGCAGAUGCCCUGAUUGUUGCCCAAGAGAAAUGGAUGAUUGAAUGACCAAUGGACUUUGCAUACAGUCGUCACUCAAACUUGACUGGAAAAGGGGAAAAAAUUAAAAGAAAUAUGUUUCGUACAAACACGUCCCUAACGCUUCAA